CCCGGCUUCGCCUGUGCGUAGCGGGAAAUGACGAAACACCGGCGGGGGGGGCCGAUAGCCAAUGGCAGCGCCGCUUACGCACGUAUCAGGGCCGUCGGCCAAUGGCGUGCCGGCUCCGUGCGCUCCCCGCCGGGCUGGGCCAAUGAGCGUGUGGUGGGCGGGGCCGGCGCCCACCAACAUGGCGAAGACCUACGAUUACCUGUUCAAGCUGCUGCUGAUCGGCGACUCGGGCGUGGGCAAGACCUGCGCGCUCUUCCGCUUCUCCGAGGACGCCUUCAACGCCACCUUCAUCUCCACCAUCGGAAUCGACUUUAAAAUUAGAACGAUAGAACUCGAUGGCAAGAGAAUCAAGCUGCAGAUCUGGGACACGGCCGGGCAGGAGCGGUUCCGGACCAUCACCACCGCCUACUACAGGGGAGCCAUGGGCAUUAUGCUAGUGUAUGACAUCACCAAUGAAAAGUCUUUUGAAAAUAUUCGGAACUGGGUGAGGAAUAUUGAAGAGCACGCCUCUCCAGAUGUUGAAAAAAUGAUCCUGGGGAACAAAUGUGAUGCAAAUGACAAAAGACAAGUCUCUAGAGAGCAAGGGGAGAAGCUUGCUGCAAGUUUCGGGAUUAAAUUCAUGGAGACCAGUGCAAAAGCAAAUAUAAACAUAGAGAAUGCAUUUUUCACUCUUGCAAGAGAUAUCAAAGCAAAAAUGGACAAGAAGUUGGAAGGCAAUAGCCCUCAAGGCAGCAACCAGGGAGUCAAAAUCACACAAGACCAGCAAAAGAAAAGCAGCUUUUUCCGAUGUGUUCUUCUGUGAGGGACACGGCCUUAAUCUGAGCUGGACUGUGCCUGUGCUAAGUGAGGUUUCCUCUUUCUGUGGACUUAGUGCUCCCAACAUACCUUGUCACUCUGUGACCAUCUGAAUAAGAAAUGGCUUAUUUUGGUAAUUGUCUGACUCUUCAGUUUUGGAGAUGAAACAAGUUUAUUUUUGUCAGAUUGCCACUGGGCAUGUGUAUUGUCUAGCAGAGGAAGAGCAGAGCACAUGUGACCUGGGAUGCAGCACCAUUGCUUCAGUCUUCAUUCAUAUCUGUCUCGUAUCCAGUUUAGAAAGAUGAAGUUGUGAUCAAAAUAAGAAACUUAAAUGCCACUGUUAAUGAAGUACAGGUGUGCAUACAUGGUACUUGUGCAUAGCCAGUGUGUAGCUGCACAUGGAACAGUGGCAUGAGACCAUCCCAGAAAUGCACCAAGGUGAGCAGUGCAGGCUGAUGCCUUCCCAGGAGGUACGAGGGAGCUUUCUGCAGCUCCACUUCUUUACUACUACAGAGAAACUCCUUCAUCUGCCUGUCUCUUACUCAGCUGUGUUACUCUAGACAAUCCACAAGUACAAUUGAAGUUUUAAAAAAAUUCUCCUCAAAGGAAUUUCUAUUUUUUUAAAAAAAGAAUGUGUGCUGUACAUAGAAUGGGUCCUUAUCAUUGGUAAUUCAUCCAUGUUAGACUUGACUGUGCUUAAUUAAGUACUCCAAACAUUCAGACAUGUUUAACAGGAUCUGAUGGCUACACUGAGUCCUGUACAGAUGAUCUGUUAUCUGUUCUUGGAGCACCAGGGUCAGGCAAGGACACUUACACAAAAUCUGCCACCUUACAAUGGGUGGCUUUACCACUCUCCAGCUGGGAAUGACUCCAGACCUACCAUGACAGAGUAGGUAGUUUUAAAUCAUGACAAGGAAACGUAUUGCACUGCUCCCAGUCGUGUGUUCCCAAGCACACUUGCUCACAUAUGCAAAUAAAUGUUGCACAUCAGAACACUUUGUGAAAAGAGACUCUCUUGGACUGAGCCUGGCCUUGCUGCUGGGUGUGGAUCACUGCAGCCAUCAGCCUGCUCACAGCUUGUGUCAGUGCACGUCCAGCCCUCGCAGAGCAGCCUGUUACUCAUUCCCACAAACCCAGCCCAGUACAUUCCCAGAGCCAAGCACAGCUCCUCGGUGGGUGCUGCUCACAGGGCAGGGGCUGCAAGCCUGACUCUGGAUUAGACUGACAGAAGGAGCCAGUAAGAGCAUCAGCCUCCAAGGCUGCUGCCCAGGGAUUGCAGUGAUGGUGUACCUGCCCCAGUGAACACACCAGCUGGGUCCUGCAGCUCGCUGGAACUGAAACAUGCUUUGUUUACAUUGACAGCUGCGCUUAAGGGUAAAAUUAAAGUUGAUUUUGAAGUUGUGGAAUUUACUCACCAGUUUUGUUCUCUUCAAGUUUGUGGUAUUGAACUCUGGGCCUCAGAGUAGCGCUAAUAAGUGUUGCUGUGGUUAAAUAUCUGUUGGAUUCACAAUUAAACUGUAUAAAUCUGCAGCAUGCAGUUGGGCCCAGCAGGAAUACUGCGUGUUCCAAAGUGGAGAAAGAUUUCACUCUGUAAGUUGCUGGUUUAUAGAAAUGCAUUUUAGAUGCAUUUAGAUGAUCUCUGUCCUGAUUAAAGCUUUCAUCUAACCAGAACCUUAUGAUGGUUUGGUUCUUUGUUUACUUGUGGCUUUUUAGCAUGAGGACUUGAUGAACAUGCCCUGUAGUGGAUUUACACAUAGAUGUAUUUGUAGGAUAAAAACCAUGUUAAGUUCCUGGGGAGGCCUCUAGACAGAGUGUAGUUAACACAGACCUGUAGACUGGACAAGCAGCACCUCUGUCUUGAGCUAAGGAUGUUUUUUAAAGAGUUUGUGUGUGCUUCAAGAAAUGAUUGAGGCACAACUGGGGUGGUGAUAAGACAGGUUGAAUUUCCUAUGUAACUCUGCAACAAUUUGCUUCUGGCUUAGUAAUAACUGUGGAUUGUCUUGAAUCUGUAUUGUGCUUUAUACAGCCAGAUGCUGAGCCAGAUUUAUUUUUCAGAGUGACUGGAAAAAUUGGUGUUUAUCUGACUUGAUACCAUGGGUCUGCCAUGAUGCUGGUUCUUGCCUGUGGACUGUAUCAAUAACUCAUCCCAAGAUGGGAAAGCAAACCAUAUUCAUUUACAAGUGGGUAAAACAUGAAGGAUGGUAUUGUGAUUUUUCACUUACUUUCUAAAUCUGAAGUUACUCUUGCAUUCAGAAUUCUUUGUAUGUGAAUACCUUCUGUUUAAACUUAUGCUGGUUGUUGCAUGUAUUUAUGUACCUACUUAUAACAUUAUUGCCUUUGAAAUGGUUGGGUUUAUGAAAAACAACAUUAUUGCUUGAUCUCAGGAAGUCUCAUGCAGUUACUGUGACUACAGUCAUCACUGUACUUCUUGGUCGGCUCUACACAGACAUGAAAUCUGUGUAAGCAACAUGAAACCUAAAAUGCAAGUGUAAGAAAGGAAAAGGUUAAAGACACUGCACUGCACAUGGGCUUAGCUAUGUGUCACCAAACACAGGCAUCAAAUCUAGAAGUACAGUAUGUUUCAUUCACAUCAUUCAAUUACUGUGUUUAUUAAGUAUGAAUGUAAUGGAAAAUGCAAUUGUCAGAGAGGUACUCUGUAAAUACAUCCAUAAUCUACUUGUGUCUAAGCUUUCUUCAGCUAAGGAGGGAAAAAUCAGAAAAUGGGUACAAAACCUGUAAAACUGAGGAACUGAAGUAGGUCUGCAAAACUAACUGUGCUUACUACACAUUCUCAGUGUCUAAAUACCACUAAAAUGUCAGGUAAUUGAUUAACACUUGUUUUGUAGAGAAACAAACCCACUUUUGAGCAUGUCCUCAAAUUCCCUUAUUUUAGUGAGUAUCAUGGAAUUCUGUGGUUGACCUUAUUUUUGAGGCUGGUUGCAGUACAUUGCACAGUCAUCACUCCUUGGGGUGGAGACCUGUCAGUCUGUCAAUAAACGGUGGAGCUGCUGUUCUAACACUUAUUUAACACCUGUGUUAUCUUUGUCCUGUGCUGACAGGCACAGCUCAUGUUUCCUGACAUCCAAACCUUAUUCCAGCAUCAGACUUCCAGCCUCAGAUUUAUAAAUCCUAUGGAUUAUUGUAAGUCUCUUUACUGCUGCUGAAAAUUAUUUGGUCUCUCCUUUCCUGUGAGAUGCUGAUCAUCUCCCUGAUGAUUGCUAAGGGGUUAUUGUGGAGGUGUGUUUGGCUGAUGAUCAUGCUCAAAACUGCCAUGAUUUCUUGUUCUCUUGGACUUGCCAGGGGAGUGCACAAAGAGCUGUGUGAGGAUGGUCUCCUUUGUACUUGUAGAAGUUGUAGAGCUUGGGGAAGAAUGAUGACUAACUUGUGUCUUCAUUUCUAGCUUAAAUAAAGAUCUGUUCAAAGGAAUGUGAAUGGUAAGUGCAGUCUGAGUGUUCCAGGCUGCCUUAUUCCCUGACCCAUCCUUCACUGAUCCCCGGAGUUUCUGUGGUUAAUAAAGGUCACUGGCUGGUUAACUGGUCUCUCCAGCCUUUCUGCAGGAAUCACCUGCUCUACAUUGAGUGUGAGUUGGGACUUAUGACUUUGUUUUGAAGGGAAUUUAAUGCAUCCCAAAAUUUGUAAAAAUAACUGUAAAUUGUAUUUUUCGAAUGAUCACUUUUGGCUGCCACCCUUCCCACAUUACAACUGCUUUCUUAAACACUUCUCAUUGAUUUUCAUGUUUGUAUUAAAACAAAACUUGUUUAUUACAGUAUGUCUGUUUUUACUCUCUUGUACAGGACCCUAAGCACUGCAUAAAUAAACUUCUUAUGAAAAGAGAAUUUUACAAACUUAA